AUGGGCGCUUGUGACUGGGAACAGUGUCUGCUGAUGGGCUCCGGCGAGCCGAUACGUGCUCGCGCGGUGGUCUCAUCGUCACAGAAGCCACGCAAACCACGACAGGAGAUAUCGGCAUGUCUCAAAUGGCUCGUCUUCAGUCUCAACUCAAUUGUCUUCCUCGUUGGAGUGGCGAUCCUUGCACUGGGAGUAUACCUGUUCAUCAAAGAUUUCAGAGAAGUCAAACUAGUUGAUGUAAUAUUAAAUCCAGCCAUUCUUAUCAGUAUAUUCGGUUUCUCAAUAUGUGUAGUAUCAUUUUUCGGUUUUAUGGGUGCAUUGCGUGACAAUAUUUUCUUGCUCAAAUGUUUCGCCGCUUGCGUCUUCCUAUCGUAUAUUCUAGUCGUCGCUCUUACCCUAGUCUUCUUCACCUUGUUCUAUACGGACACCACCGAGGGUCUUUCUGCAAACUGGUUACUUUUAUACGCAGUCAAAAACUAUCAUACCAAUCGAAACUUGGCUGAAAUCAUGGACGCACUUCAAGAGAAUCUCGAAUGCUGUGGAGUGUCUUCCAUCGCUCAAGGAUAUCGGGAUUGGAAUAUGAGUUAUCAGUUCAACUGCACCACUUCAAAUCCCCAACCUGAAAAAUGUGGUGUUCCGUUUUCGUGCUGCCGGAAAUCCGUCAUUUCUGAAGCGGCUGGAUCAUCGAACCCACUGCUACCAGCAAUGAGAUCACUGGAAUGCUGGCAGAAUGCAUUGACGAAGAGACCGGGAGAUUUAGAGCAUGAUAUCUAUACACGUGGAUGUCUUCAACCUUUGAGAACACUUUUCGAAUCCCACGCAGUUCAUGUUGGAGCAUUCGUGGCUCUUCUUAUAGUCCCAGUUUGUAUUUCUGUAUGUCUUACCAACAUUUUGGCAAAACAAGUCGACCAUCAAAGAUAUUUGCUAGAACGAGAAGCUCGUAGAAAUGAACGGCGGCGAAAGAGGGAUCGUGGCCAUAAUCAUAGAGAUCAAAUGAACUCUUUGGAUCUUCUAGAAGAGGGGAAUUUUAACAACGCCGCUAAUGCUACUCGACCAAGGCCACCGGAUAUUCCACCUCCGCUACCACCAAUCGAGCAUGUACCACGAAAAAAGUCGCGAAACACAAGUAGCUCACCGACCCGCAAACCAAAGUCUGCGGGCGUCGAAAAUGCUGCAGCUAGACGAAAAAGGACUCCUGCAGCAACAAGAACACCGCCUGUCAACCCAGCAGGACCAACGCCAACGCCACAGUCCACUACAGCAAAUCGAACGCAUCAAUGGGUACUUCAGCAAUCUGAUUUAGUUCCACCGAAGAACAAAUCAUGA